AUGAGCCUAAUCGGACGGGAAUUAACGUUUAGAAGGGACCUUAUAAUUAAAGAAUCCAUGACUUUGAUCCAUCCAUUCCAAUCGGUAGUCUUAAAUGCUGCCGAAGAUUUACUCUUCGCAAUAGUGAAGAAUGAAGUAGUAGUUUUUAGAAGAAGCGAAGGAUCGGAAGGGUAUACGCUUGCCGGGAGAUGGGUUGAUGAAUUGGCUAAGGAUCCUCCAAGAGCCACAUCUGAGGAGGCUUCUGAUUCGAAGAAAUCCAAGGGUAAUGAUGGAACUCCCAAUGCUUCCAAGGGUAAAGGUCAGCCGUCGGUGGAAAUUGUCCCCACUAACUUGUUAAGGGCGAUGACCCUUUCCCCAGAUGAAUCUAAGCUAUUGGUCUGCGCUGACUCUGAUAAAUCUGUAUGUGUCUUGCAAAUUGAUUUGGAUAAAAAGGAAUUGAAUUUAAUCAAAAGACAAGCCUUUCCAAAAAGACCUAAUGCCAUUGCGGCCCUAGAGGAUGGUUCACAAAUAGUAGUGGCAGAUAAAUUUGGUGACGCUUACCAAAUACCCAUGGUUGAAGAAACAAAGGGUAAAGCGGGUAAGGAAUUGCAACCGCUUAUAGGUCAUGUCUCCAUGCUUACCGAUGUGCUAUUCGGGAAAGAUGAUCAAGGGAAGAAAUACUUGAUCACUAGUGAUAGAGAUGAACAUAUCAGAGUGACACAUUACCCUCAAACUUUUAUCAUUGAUAAGUGGUUAUUUGGACACAGGGAAUUUGUUAGCUCUAUACACAUCCCAUCUUGGAGUUCGCAAUUGCUUUUCAGUGCAGGUGGUGACGAUACCAUAUUUCUUUGGGACUGGAUGAAGGGUUUCAAAUUAUCAACUUUUGAAUAUAAGGAUUUGAUUAAGCCAUAUCUGACGGAUGCACAUUUGGCGGCUUCAAGAUUUCAAAACGAAAACAAUGAUUUGAUCGAAUUCGCCGUGGCCCAAAUAACUACUUGUAGGAAAUUUCCUUACGCUGCAUUUUUCGUAGAGGCCACUAAAGCAUUGAUUAUCUUGCAUGUGGAUCAAACAAACGCAGCGCUAUCUCUAAAACAAGUCAUCGAUCUGCGAUACAACGUUAUUUCACUUUCUCAGGUAUCCGAUGGAUUCCUCAUUACCCAGGAUAACCAUGAAUCUGGCAAUAAGGAAUUCGUCAGUUUAGUUAGAUACAUCGAAUCCAAGGAUACGUUUGAAUUGGACAACCAAUUUGGUGAGACUCUCGACGAGGCCAUUAACAAGUCCCUAAGUGAAGAUUCUACAGUUAACGUUCAACCUGCUGAUAUUGCUCAACUAUAUGGUGUUGCAAACCUGAAAAAGCAUGGGGAACAAUAUUCAUAA